GACAGCUGGGCGAAGCGGACAGCAGUGGUAUCCCUCUCCUAAAUUAAACAGUGUCAAACUGAACUGAAGUUGGGAACGAUUGGAAAUCCGCGUGAAACAAGUGUCUGUUCAGUUCCAACGAAACCUAUCUUAAAUUAAUCGUUCUAAAUAACCUGUGCUUUCGCAGAGCUGACUGAUCUCUGUGAGAUUGCAAAAACAUUCUCUAUAAAACAUUGUUGCCUACCGUUUAACGCAAAAAUGAUGAUGCACUCGUCUCAGAAGGACACAACCUACACAAAGAUAUUUGUAGGAGGUCUUCCAUAUCACACCACGGACUCCAGUCUCAGGAAAUACUUCGAAGUGUUCGGUGAUAUCGACGAGGCUGUUGUUAUAACGGACAGACAGACGGGCAAAUCCAGGGGUUAUGGAUUCGUGACGAUGGCAGACCGGGCGUCUGCGGACCGAGCCUGCAAGGACCCAAACCCCAUCAUCGACGGGCGGAAAGCCAAUGUGAACCUGGCCUACCUGGGGGCCAAGCCCAGGGUCAUGCAGCCAGGUGAGGGGAUGGACGCGCUGGCGGAGGCCUGCGCCACACCUUUAUUUCACAGCUUGGACGACCAAGGUUUCUCAUUUGGUGUUCCUCAAAUCCAUCCAGCGUUCAUCCAGAGGCCUUAUGGGAUCCCAGCCCACUAUGUCUACCCCCAGGCCUUUAUGCAGCCAAGCACCAUGGUCAUCCCUCACAGCAUGCAGUCGUCCGCCGCCACGGCCUCCGCCGCCUCCUCCCCGUACCUCGACUACACCGGAGCGGCCUACGCCCAGUACUCGGCCGCAGCCGCCAGCGCCGCGGCCGCCGCUGCCUACGAGCAUUACCCGUACGCAGCCUCCCCGGCCCCUGCGGGCUACAUGGCUGCAGCAGGGUAUGGUUACGCGGUCCAGCAGCCCCUAGCAGCCGCAGCCACCCCGGGAGCAGCCGCAGCAGCUGCAGCCUUCGCUCAGUACCAGCCUCAGCAGCUUCAGGCAGACCGCAUGCAGUAACUGACCACAACUACUACUAUUACUGAGCCUGGAUAACAGAAGAGGGGGAGGAGGUCAUACUCACCCCCAGGACACUACAAGGGGAGAGUGUGAGGAGGGGGGAGGGAUGAAGAGUGGAGUGGAGUGGUGGUCGUCAAUCCUUGUCUUUAGAACAUGCAGCGCUGCUACCAAAAGAGCCUGAAGAGAAUCAUCUCAUAACUGAAUAGAAUCGUCUCAUAACUGAAUAGAAUCGUCUCAUAACUGAAGAGAGUCGUCUCAUAACUGAAGAGAAUCAUCUCAUAACUGAAUAGAAUCGUCUCAUAACUGAAGAGAAUCAUCUCAUAACUGAAGAGAAUCAUCUCAUAACUGAAGAGAGUCGUCUCAUAACUGACGAGAAUCAUCCCAUAACUGAAUAGAAUCAUCCCAUAACUGUAUAGAAUCAUUUCAUAACUGAAUAGAAUCAUCCCAUAACUGAAUAGAAUCAUCUCAUAACUGAAGAGAGUCGUCUCAUAACUGAAGAGAAUCAUCUCAUAACUGAAGAGAGUCGUCUCAUAACUGAAGAGAGUCGUCUCAUAACUGAAGAGAGUCGUCUCAUAACUGAAGAGAAUAGUUACUUCAUUAUUCAAAUAUCAUCAGUGUUGUCAUCACUAAAUUAUUGUUUUUUGUUGUUGUCAUUAUAUCAGAAAUAUUUAAUAUUUAUUCAUCAGGACAAAUAUCUAGAAUUAUUAUUUAAGAUAUGACCUCAUAACCAACCUUUAAGUUUAAGUUAAUAAUUUUAAGCAUAUUUAAUGUGUAGUAAAUUAAAUGUGUGAUUUUGUACAACUUUCACAAGUGCACUGAAGUCUAAUCAGGUAUUUUUCCCUCAAAUUUCUUAAACAAUGUAGAUGGUCAAACCAAAAACACUUUUGGUCACUUUUCACCUUUUAAUAUUUUUAAACCUACAUUUUGAACUAUGCAAUUUGAACUUGUAAAAUAUAUUUGGUGAAAUAUGUCUUCUACAAAUAUAUAUAUAUAUAUAUAUAUAUAUACAGUUGAAGUCAGAAGUUUACAUACACUUAGGUUGGAGUCAUUAAAACUCGUUUUUCAACCACUCCACAAAUUUCUUGUUAACAAACUAUAGUUUUGGAAGUCGGUUAGGACAUCUACUUUCUGCAUGACACAAGUAAUUGUUCCAACAAUUGUUUACAGACAGAUUAUUUCACUUAUAAUUCACUGUAUCACCAUUCCAGUGGGUCAGAAGUUUACAUACACUAAGUUGACUGUGCCUGGAAAAUUCCAGAAAAUGAUGUCAUGGCUUUAGAAGCUUCUGAUAGGCUAAUUGACAUCAUUUGAGUCAAUUGAAGGAGUACCUGUGGAUGUAUUUCAAGGCCUACCUUAAAACUCAGUGCCUAUUUGCUUGACAUCAUGGGAAAAUCAAAAGAAAUCAGCCAAGCCCUCAGAAAAAAAAUUGUAGACCUCCACAAGUCUGGUUCAUCCUUGGGAGCAAUUUCCAAACACCUGAAGGUACCACGUUCGUCUGUACAAACAAUAGUUCGCAAGUAUAAACACCAUGGGACCACGUAGCAUCAUACCGCUCAGGAAGGAGACUCGUUCUGUCUCCUAGAGAUGAACGUACUUUGGUGCGAAAAGUGAAAAUCAAUCCCAGAACAACAGCAAAGGACCUUGUGAAGAUACUGGAGGAAACAGGUACAAAAGUAUCUAUAUUCACACUAAAACGAGUCCAAUAUCGACAUAACAUGAAAGGCCACUCAGCAAGGAAGAAGCCACUGCUCCAAAACUGUCAUAAAAAAAGUCAGACUAUGUUUGCAACUAAACAUGGGGACAAGAUUGUACUUUUUGGAGAAAUGUCCUCUGGUCUGAUGAAAAAAAAAUAGAACUGUUUGGCCAUAAUGACCAUCGUUAUGUUUGGAGGAAAAAGGGGGAGGAUUGCAAGCCGAAGAACACCAUCCCAACCGUGGGGGUGCUUUGCUGCAAGAGGGACUGGUGCACUUCACAAAAUAGAUGGCAUCAUGAGGUAGGAAAAUAAUGUGGAUAUAUUGAAGCAACAUUUCAAGGCAUCAGUCAGGAAAUUAAAGCGUGGUCGCAAAUGGGUCUUCCAAAUGGACAAUGACCCCAAGCAUACUUCCAAAGUUGUGGCAAAAGGACUUAAUGACAACAAAGUCAAGGUAUUGGAGUGGCCAUCACAAAGCCUUGACCUCAAUCCCAUAGAAAAUUUGUUGGCAGAACUGAAAAAGCGUGUGCGAGCAAGGAGGCCUACAAACCUGAUUCAGUUACACCAGCUCUGUCAGGAGGAACGGGCCAAAAUUCACCCAACUUAGUGUGGGAAGCUUGUGGAAGGCUACCCAAAACCUUUGACCUAAGUUAAACAAUGUUAAAGGCAAUGCUACCAAAUACUAAUUGAGUGUAUGUAAACUUCUGACCCACUGGGAAUGUGAUGAAAGAAAUUAAAAGCUGAAAUAAAUAAUUCUCUCUGCUAUUUUUCUGACAUUUCACAUUCUUAAAAUAAAGUGGUGAUCCUAACUGACCUAAGACAGGGAAAUUUUAUUUGGAUUAAAUGUCAGGAAUUGUGAUAAACUGAGUUUAAAUGUAUUUGGCUAAGGUGUAUGUAAACUUCCGACUUCAACUGUAUAUAAUAAUGUUACUAUAAUGAUGUUUGUACCUAUGCAAAACAGUGCCGUAGAGGAGUGAUGUUAGCUGUCUGUCCUGUGUUCCUAUGGGGGUCAGAUCAGAUCCAGUGAGGGCAGGACAGAAGAGAACAGCUUCCUAUGGGGUCAGAUCAGAUCCAGAGAGGGCAGGACAGAAGAGAACAGCUUCCUAUGGGGGUCAGAUCAGAUCCAGAGAGGGCAGGACAGAAGAGAACAGCUUCCUGUGGGGGUCAGAUCAGAUCCAGAGAGGGCAGGACAGAAGAGAACAGCUUCCUAUGAGGUCAGAUCAGAUCCAGUGAGGGCAGGACAGAAGAGAACAGCUUCCUGUGGGGGUCAGAUCAGAUCCAGAGAGGGCAGGACAGAAGAGAACAGCUUCCUUUGGGGGUCAGAUCAGAUCCAGUGAGGGCAGGACAGAAGAGAACAGCUACUGGCCCAAAGCUGAAGCUUUUCCUGUCUAUAGAAGCUGCUCCUCUCUCUAUGUUCAUUGUUGGAGCACCAGCUACCACACACACACACACACACACACAGCGGAAUGUGGAGCUUUUAUAUUCUAGAAUGUUUUUCCUAAUGUGCCUUAAAAUAUUGGUAUUUGGAAAGUAUUUACGUAGCUUUUAAUGAGAAAAGACAGAUUUUCCCCCUUUAGUUAGUCAGGGAGUAGGACUGUAUUGAACCAAUAAUGUGUUCAUGUUAUAUUAAAGGUAUGUUCUCCUGAGCUGUUCACAUUGUUAUUGUCAGGAAUGUACUACAGCUACAAUGAUAAUUAGGACUUUUAUAAAAACUAGACAUAACCACAUGAAGAUAAACCUUUUCUUUAUCUAUACAACCUAUUUUCUUCUUCUUUUGUAGAUAUAUUUCUCUUUCUAAUUUGUUCGUACUACGAAAGAGAAAUGUUUCAGCGUAAACUAUUAGAUAUACAUUAUAAUACUUUCUAUCCUAAAAAAAACGUAGUUUUUACAAUUUUAUUUCCAUAGCUGUGAUUUAUUAUUAACUUUGUGAGAUUGACUGUUUUACAAUGUUGGGAACUUUUUAUACUUGAACUGUUUCAUACCAAGGAAUAUGUUAACACACUUGUUAUAUAUAAUAUAUGCAAUAUGUUAACACAUGUUAUAUAUAAUAUAUGCAAUAUGUUAACACAUGUUAUAUAUAAUAUAUGCAAUAUGUUAACAUAUGUUAUAUAUAAUAUAUGCAAUAUGUUAACACAUGUUAUAUAUAAUAUAUGCAAUAUGUUAACAUAUGUUAUAUAUAAUAUAUGCAAUAUGUUAACACAUGUUAUAUAUAAUAUAUGCAAUAUGUUAACACACUCUAUAUCUUUUUAAGAAGAAUACUUUGAAUGUCACUGCACAUAAAAUAUCAAGUCUCUCAGAGAUUCCAGUACAAUAUUCUAUUUAUCUUGCCUUUUCAAAUGUGUUGUUCUGCAAAUACAAUCAUUCAUUUAAUUAGAUUAAAUAAACAGCCUUUUAGCUGCU